CGAACCCACGAUUUCUCUUUCUCUUUCAUCGCCUUAUCAUUUACUCCAACCAGAACCUUCUAGAAACAACAAAACCUAACUCUCUUUCUCUCUCUUCUGUCCUCUCUCUCAUUCGCUCUCCUGUGAAUUGCGGGAUCAACGUGCUUGCUUCUUGCUUGCUCUGCGUACGGUGAUGGUCCUUGGGUUAGAAGGGUUGUGUUGUGUAUGAUAGCUGGAGUUGAAGUUCGGUAACUGUUUGGUUGGAGAGAAAAUCCCACCGUUUCUUUACUGGAAAGAGAUUCCCUGAUUUCUUUUCUUCAGAUUUUUUCAGUCUCCAUUUGACGAAGUAACUCGCCUACGAAAUCACUUCAGCAGUUUUAAAUUUGGCUCGCCAGAAUAGAGUUUCUCGGUUAUUUUUUCCUUUAUUUUCCUCGACCUUAGUAUAGUUACUCUUUUUCUAUCAUUGUUUUUUCAUUUUCAGUUAUUUAUUGAAUCUGAAACUUUGGUAGAAAUUUGAUUAAUCAAUUCGAGCCAGCAAGCCAAUAAACUGUCGCUAUAGCUGCCUGUUCUAUAGGGUUCGGAUCUGAGACCGAACCCAAUGAUGCCAUUGCCAGUCGAACAAACCGGCGAAUCAACCGCCGCAGGAGGAGGGGCAGGAGACUCGCAGAGGUCUCUUCCUACUCCAUUUCUCACCAAAACUUAUCAGCUCGUUGAUGAUCCAUCAGUUGAUGACCUGAUUUCUUGGAACGAGGACGGAUCGACCUUCAUAGUCUGGCGUCCAGCUGAAUUUGCAAGGGACUUGCUCCCUAAAUAUUUCAAACACAACAAUUUCUCUAGCUUCGUUCGCCAGCUCAACACCUACGGAUUUAGAAAGGUGGUGCCGGAUCGAUGGGAAUUUGCGAACGAUUACUUCAGAAAAGGCGAGAAAGGACUACUUCGUGAUAUUCAGCGACGGAAAAUCUCCCCGACGGUUGCAACGGCAGCAACAACGGCUACAGUGACCGUUGCAGCAAUUCCAGCAGUGGCGCGUACUGUUUCUCCAACGACUUCGGGAGAUGAGCAGGUAAUUUCAUCGAAUUCAUCGCCGGUAGCAACUCAGGUGGCUACGCCGCUUCUCCGGACAACAAGCUGUACUACAACGCCGGAGCUUCUAGAAGAGAACGAGAGGUUGAGGAAAGUGAAUACACAGCUGAGCCAGGAACUGACUCAAUUGAAGGGCUUGUGUAACAAUAUACUUGCAUUGAUGACGAAUUACGCUUCUGGUCAAGUAGAUAGUCAUAAUAACUUAGCUGAGGGGAAACCUCUAGAUUUAUUGCCAGCAAUGAAGAUGGUUGCGCAGCGGGAGGAAACAGACAUGGCCAUCAGUGGCGGUGCCACGCCGGCGACUACGGCUGCGGAAGAGGCGAUGAUACCUAGGCUAUUCGGAGUUUCGAUUGGGGCUAAGCGCAUGAGAAAGGAUGAGGAGGAACAGAAACAAGCGAAUAAUCGACAACAGUCGCAAGAAAAUGAGUCUACAUCCGAUGUAAAAUCAGAGCCGUUGGAUGGAAAGACCGAGCAGAGCAAGCAUCACGACCCUUCCUGGCUAGAGCUGGGAAAAUGAUUGAUAAAUUUUGAUGGAUGUGAUUAUCUGAUCUGGAGUGGCAUGAUGAUGAUGGUGGCCACCAAAGAGGCGGAUCAGAGUGGGAUGGAGGGCGGUCAACAAUGACACGCAAGCAACUCAUUCUGGUUGCUUCUCGAAGCUGGAUGAUUUGUCUUCUUUGGGAAGCGAAUAGUAUCAGUAGCUGUCGUUAUCCGCUACUGGGGAGUCACUUUUAAGAAUGAAGAGUGUCUCAAAACGGUGCGCAUAAUGAGAGGAUUAAAAAGCCUGCACUCACUAUUUUCGGUCACCCAACGGGAAAUUUGAUGAAGGUUUUGUGCCAGGCCGGUUAAUAUUUGUUGACAGCUAUGAGAAGUUUGCUUAGUUGUAAUAUUUUUACAUUAAAAUUGGCAUAAUGUUGCAAAUAAAAAUAGAUUAGAUUAGAGAUCAUCAACUUUAGAAUUUGAAAAAUGCAGUGUCAAUGUGUAAUAUAAGUAUAUAUCAACCUUUGUAAGUUUACCUGGACAAGUGCAUGGAAGCUAAUUAGCCCAAAUUUGAUUCUCGA